AUGGCGAUCCCGCCGGGGCGUGCCCGCAUCCCCCAGUGGCUGUCGGCCCACCGUGCCCUGGACAAGGCCCUGGACGGGCUGGCGAAGCUGCAGCAGCUGGUGACCCAGCCCCGCCUGGGGCUCCGGAACAGCCCCCCUCACCUGCCGUACCUGCUGCCCCAAACCCACCUGCACCUGCGACUCAUUCGGGAACAGAACGGCACUGGCUUGGCCGACCUCUUGGAGGAGGGCUACUUUCACGUCUACCUCACCAACUUGCUGGAGAAGAUUAAACAGGCCACCCGGCUGUUCAAGAAGCAGAAGCACGAGAUCUUCCAGGAAGGCUCGACUGCCGGGAGAAACCUGACCAAGCUUUCGCUGAUCUUUAGCCACAUGUUGGCCGAGCUGCAGGCCCUGUUUCCGGAAGGGAAAGACCAGGGCAGCACGUACCACCUCAGCAAACCGGAGGCCCAGUCCUUCUGGAGAGAGACCUGGGGCGGACGGAGCCUGGUAUCUUGGGUCGAAUUCCGCGAAGGACUCAGUCGGGUCCACCCCGUGGAUCCUGGCCCCAUGGCCAUUGCCCUGAAAUCCACCAUCGACCUCACCUGCAAUGGACACAUUUCGAUAUUUGAGUUCGACAUUUUCACCCGCCUCUUCCAGCCUUGGGCCAUGCUGCUGAAGAACUGGACACUACUUGCUGUUACGCACCCAGGAUACAUGGCCUUCCUCACGUACGACGAGGUCAAGGCCCGGCUGCAGGCGUACGUCAAUAAGCCCGGCAGCUACAUCUUCCGGCUCAGCUGCACCCGGCUGGGCCAGUGGGCCAUCGGCUACGUGACGGAGGCCGGGAGCAUCCUGCAGACCAUUCCCCAGAACAAGCCCCUUUUCCAGGCGCUGAUUGACGGGCACAAGGAGGGCUUCUACCUGUACCCCGAUGGGAAGCAUAUGAAUCCGGACCUGGCAGAGUUAUCUGAGGUGCCCCCACGGAACCGAAUCAAGGUCUCACAGGAGCAGUACGAGCUUUACUGUCAGGUGGGCUCCACAUUUCAGCUCUGCAAAAUAUGUGCCGAAAACGACAAGGACAUCCGCAUCCAGCCGUGUGGGCACCUGCUUUGCCGGGGCUGCCUGGAGGCGUGGCAGCUCUCUGAAGCGCAUACCUGCCCCUUCUGCCGCCGGGAGAUCUGGGGCCAUGAAGAGGUCCUCAUCGACCCGUUCAGCCACCAGAAGGGCGGCCUCCCCCCAGAGGAUGAUGGAGACGACGAGGACCUGGAGGACGUCCAGCACGUCCUGCAGCAGCUGGAUCACAUGCGCCAGGCCAAAGCGGCAGCGGAUGCCGUCUCUCCUCCAGGCCUGAGCCCCGAGGGGCAGACACCUCCGGUGCCCCCGCCGCGGGCCAAUCUCCCACCGCAGAAGAAGGCCCCCCUGCCCAAUCCGGACUAUGAGCAAGACCCUUCAGUCCACUGGCUCCACCAGCACCCCCUGCCAAGCAUUCCCCAAGACGGCCCCCCUCUGCCAGUCCUGUGGGGUCCCUCCACAUCCUCCCCACUUCACAGGGGUCAGCCGGAGCCACAAGAGCUGAGCUGAUUAAAGCUAGGGCCACACGAUUGCCUCUGGACCACACAGUCACCUGCCGGCCUCCACCUAUCGCGCUCCCUGCCGCUACCUGUGGCCAGCCUGGACUAUGCAGGUUGAUCUCCGGAGGUCCGAGAGCACAAGAUCCCCCAAGCCAAAUGUCCCCAUCAGAGUGACAGUCAUGCAUCCCUCAAGUGUUAUCGCUGGAAGCGCUGAUGGACGCGGCAGCUGCCAGGAUCAUGGCCUUGAUUUUCCCCCCUUGCAGGAGGACAGUUUUGAUAAGGUCCACAGCUCCUCUCGGGCAGUGCCCAUGGCAUCGCUGCUGAGUGCAUUGAGGGCCCUUUUGCACCUCAUCAUUUUCGGCAAGACACCGGCUUCUAAUUGCUUUUCUGCCUCUUUUGGGGGCUGGGCAUUCUCACUUUCUGGCAGGAAAGCCAAGGACAUUUUCUUUCAAAAAAAACCCUGGGGUCAAAGCAAAAUCUGGUUUCUUGGAAAGAGAAAAGGAUCGUUUUCACAGGCAUUUCAAGUCCAAGGACUGGCUAAGUACAGAAUGGUUGUCCUGGGUGGACAGGCGCUAAUGCUGGUUAUGUCCAUUAGGUGGCGCCAGUGUCUUGGCGAUAGGCGCGUCCUGGUAAGUAUCCUCAGGUCUUGUUCCCACGUGCAAAACGAUGCCUGCAUACUCUCCCUCUGUAUUUUUUUGUUUAUCAUGGAUCCCGGUGGAUGAAAAGAUCUCAGGAAAAUAAUAAAAUGUGGCAAGCUGAUCCUUGCCUUAAAAGUUCACUGCCAUUAAAAAUUC